AUGGGCUGGCGCGCCGAGCAAACGCCGCACAUCGCCGCCGGCCUGCUCCUUCUCUUGUUAGUCUAUCUGCCGGUUACCUGCCACCAAGACCAUCAAGAUGCCGUGCACAUUACGGCGAUCCUCGGUGAGAGCGUGGUGUUCAAUUGCCAGGUGGACUUCCCCGAAGACAUACCCGUGCCGUACGUGCUGCAGUGGGAGAAGAAGGGUCAGGACAUACCGAUUUACAUCUGGUACGAGAGCUAUCCGACGCACAGCGGAGAGGGAUAUGAGGGCCGAGUGUCGCGCGUGGCUCCGGACUCGCCAUAUGGCGCCGCCAGCCUCAACCUCACUAAUAUACGGGAGUCGGAUCAGGGAUGGUAUGAAUGCAAGGUGGUGUUCCUCAACCGGUCGCCGAAUCAACACAAGAACGGAACGUGGUUCCACCUGGACGUGCAUGCCCCGCCGCGGUUCUCUAUCACGCCGGAGGAGAUUAUAUACGUCAACCUAGGAGAUGCCAUUAUCCUCAACUGCCAGGCGGAAGGCACACCAACCCCAGAAAUAUUGUGGUACAAGGAUGCAAAUCCUGUGGAGCCAUCGGGCACAGUGGGCAUCUUCAAUGACGGCACUGAGCUGCGGAUCAGCAACAUUCGGCAUGAAGAUAUCGGGGACUAUACGUGCAUUGCGCGAAACGGGGAAGGCCAAGUGUCCCAUACAGCACGCGUCAUCAUCGCUGGCGGAGCAGUUAUCACUAUGCCACCAACAAAUCAAACGAAGCUAGAAGGAGAGAAGGUACAAUUUUCCUGCGAAGCCAAAGCGUUACCUGGCAAUGUGACAGUGAAAUGGUUCCGUGAAGGCGCCCCGGUCUCUGAAGUGGCAGCUCUUGAUACGAGGGUCACUAUCCGACGCGAUGGUGCUCUAGUGAUUAAUCCAGUUGCAGCUGAUGAUUCGGGACAGUACCUGUGCGAAGUGUCCAACGGGAUUGGUGACCCACAGAGUGCUUCCGCCUAUUUGAAUGUGGAAUAUCCGGCAAAAGUGACGUUCACACCGACAGUACAAUAUCUUCCAUUUCGACUUGCCGGGGUAGUACAGUGCUACAUAAAAGCAAAUCCACCUCUCCAGUAUGUCACAUGGACGAAGGAUAAAAGACUCUUGGAGCCCUAUCAAACGAAAGAUAUUGUGAUAAUGAACAAUGGCUCCCUGCUGUUCACUAGAGUAAAUCAGAAUCACCAAGGCAGGUAUACCUGUACACCUUACAAUGCACAGGGCACACAAGGAUCUUCAGGACCCAUGGAGGUACUGGUCAGAAAGCCACCCGUGUUCACAGUAGAACCAGAACCGUUGUACCAAAGAAAGGUUGGAGAAUCGGUGGAGAUGCAUUGUGAAGCACAGGAAGCUGAAGGAACACAACGUCCCACCGUUGUGUGGAGACGAAGGGAUGGUCUUCCGUUGCAGAAGAGCAGAGUAAGAGCCUUAGGAGGAAACGUCACUAUUGACACACUACGUCGGCAGGACUUUGGGAUCUAUCAAUGUGUAGCUUCUAACGAGGUGGCAACAAUAGUUGCCGAUACGCAGCUGGUUAUAGAGGGAACUCAGCCACACGCACCGUACAAUGUUUCUGGCACUGCCACUGAGUUUCAAGUGACACUAAGAUGGCAGCCGGGAUACGCUGGGGGGCCGGACUACAAGCAGGAUUACACAAUCUGGUAUCGGGAGGCUGGUUUCUCGGAGUGGACCAAGGUGCCCGUUACGCCUUCCGGAGCGACCUUUGUCACAAUCAAUAGGCUGCAACCGGGGACCACGUAUGAAUUUCAAGUCAAUAGCAAAAACACUAUCGGAGAAGGAAUGAUGAGCAAGGCUAUUACCAUAAGGACUCUUGAUGUAGGUGCGAAACCAAAGACUACCCCGACCGCCGCGGGACCAGUAGAUGAAAAGAUCUUUCAGAACGCUCCUGAGGGAUCUGGUCCAAAACCUGGCCAGCCCCGCAACCUAACCGUGACUGAAGUACACAACGGGUUUCUUAUCUCGUGGCAGACUCCGCUAGAUCGCUCGCAUCUCGUUCAAUAUUACACCAUCAAGUAUAGAACUGAUGCUCAAUGGAAGACGCUCAAUAGGGGACAGAUACGCCCUGAAGAAACCAGCUAUCUUGUGAAAAAUUUAGUCGGCGGCCGCACGUAUUACUUCCGCAUCUUAGCGAAUUCGGCGACGAGCUACGAAAGUUCUGACGAAGUGAGAUUCGCCGUCCCCGCGCGGGUGAAGCACAAAGCUAUCACCGCCGGCGUCGUCGGGGGAAUAUUGUUUUUUAUAGUCGCCAUAAUACUUUCCGUGUGCGCUGUCAAGAUAUGCAACAAGCGUAAGAGACGCAAACAGGAGAAAGCAUACAACAUGGUAGCCGCGAGACUCACCGACCUUCGCGCCGCUGACAGCACUCAAGUGCCUUUUAAAAAAUUUAGAGAAAGCGGAAUAUCGAGUAUAGUGCAAUGUUUGCGAUUUACGGCAAACUGGAUCUGGCCGCCGACAAGGUGCGCUGAGGAGGGCGCCAUGCCGUACUGGGUUCGCGUCUCACCCUCUCCCUCCCACCACUCCGCAUCGCCAGCCCCUUCCUCGUCCGACGACGGAGGCUUCCUCCCGCGAUUGAGGGCGCCGCUCCAGCCCACCGCUGCGCCGCCGCUCUUCCGCGCCUCGUCACCCGCCGUCGCGCACUGGUCACCUUGGCCUCCAUGGGCGCCGUGGGUACCGGCGUGGACGCCGUGGUCGCCGCUCCAUAUAUCUGAUCUUAGUUCAGUUCCUUUCCCGAGCUCCGCCGACGGCUCCUUUCCGACGCCUCCGUCAUUUUUGUUGCGGCCGCCAAGACAAUCGAACGAUUCACGUGUCCUGUGCAAUGCUUUAAGCCGUACGCGAUGGCGACCCGUUCCGCGACACGCGCGUCCUCGUCCCGGCACCGAUCCGCCUCCACCUCACGAGGCGUCCCCGGAGAGUCGCUCGUCGUCGAGCGGGUUCGGUAGCAAGAACGCGUCCUCAUCUCAGCACAAUCGCAGCAGUCGCACUGGUAGCUUAGCGGAAUGGCGACCGCCGCCGUACAGGGCACCGCCCCCAGCCCCCGUGCCGUCGCGGCCCGAAUCGGGUGAAGCUGUGGACGCCGGGUCCGUGGACGUGCACUAUGAAUGGGAUCGCGCCACACGCACACCCACCCCGUCGACGCCGGAACGUACCCGGGCACGGCCCUCGCGCGACGAUGUGGAAGCGCGAGUACGCGCCAUGAAGGAGGAGUUCUUGGAGUUUCGAAAGCGCCAGGCGCUACGACGGCGUUCCCCUGACCCGCUCGCCCCGCCGCCUCCGAUGUCCUCGCUUUCGGCGAUCGCUCCCCUGUCGCCCCUCGCUCCCCUAGCUCCGGCGCCGGCUCCCGCGGAGACUGUCUGCUGA